CGUAAAAUGCGCCAGAUCAUCUGUUGACGCUGUCUUUCCACGACCUGCCCCGGACUGUGUCAGGUGUCAAAUAUUUUGUCACUCAGACCACAGCCCUACUUGAAAGACUCCGACUCUUGCUGACUCAUGGAUCGAGCAGCCCUCUGAGAUGGCCAGGUAGCCCCUCAACAUCGACCGACCCGUCACAAUAGUUCGCCCAGAUCCCGUGUCCCGCUCGAGCCCUCAGCAAGAUGGCGAUGAACAGGGUGAGGAACGCCUUUGCGCCUCCGAAGAAAGGGGAGACGUUUGAACUGCGAGCUGGCCUUGUAUCCCAAUAUGCCUACGAACGAAAGGAGGCCAUUCAGAAAACCAUCAUGGCCAUGACCUUGGGCAAAGACGUCUCCGCUCUCUUUCCGGAUGUCCUCAAAAACAUUGCGACAUCUGACCUCGACCAGAAGAAACUAGUCUAUCUAUACUUGAUGAACUAUGCAAAAUCACACCCCGACCUCUGCAUUCUCGCCGUCAACACCUUUGUCCAAGAUUCCGAAGACCCCAAUCCCCUCAUCCGCGCCCUGGCGAUCCGAACGAUGGGGUGUAUAAGAGUUGACAAGAUGAUUGAUUAUAUGGAAGAACCCCUGCGAAAGACGCUCCGAGAUGAAUCGCCCUAUGUUCGAAAGACCGCCGCGAUCUGCGUUGCAAAACUGUUCGAUCUCAACCCUUCCAUGUGUCUGGAAAACGGCUUUCUGGAAACGCUACAGGAGAUGAUUGGUGAUCCGAAUCCGAUGGUGGUAGCAAACUCCGUCCAAGCCCUCGCGGAAAUCAACGAGUCGGCACCCGAGACGGACGCCCUGCAGAUCACACCCAACACGUUAAAGAAGCUCCUUAUGGCUCUGAAUGAGUGCACAGAAUGGGGCCGUGUCACGAUCUUGAGUACCCUGGCAGAAUAUAAGGCACAUGAUGUCAAAGAGGCCGAGCACAUUUGCGAAAGAGUGGCUCCCCAAUUUCAGCAUGUCAACUCGAGCGUGGUUGUCGCUGCCGUUAAGGCUGUUUUCCUGCAUAUGAGAUACCUUCCAUCGGAAACGCAGCAGUCAUACUUGAAGAAAAUGGCGCCUCCGCUGGUCACGCUGGUGUCCUCGGCGCCGGAAGUACAAUACGUUGCCCUCCGCAAUAUUGACCUUCUCCUGCAGAAGCAGCCUGAUAUUCUCAGCAAAGAAAUCCGGGUCUUUUUCUGCAAGUACAACGAUCCGCCGUAUGUCAAGUUUCAAAAACUUGAGAUCAUGGUCCGUAUAGCAAACGAGACAAACGUUGAUCAAUUGCUGGCCGAAUUGAAAGAAUACGCCUUGGAAGUGGACAUGGAUUUUGUGCGCCGAGCCGUCAAGGCCAUUGGGCAAGUUGCCAUCAAGAUUGAAAGUGCCAGCGAACGCUGUGUCAAUGCUCUGCUGGACCUCAUCAACACAAAGGUGAACUACGUGGUGCAAGAGGUGAUUGUCGUGAUCAAGGAUAUUUUCCGGAAAUACCCAGGCUAUGAAGGGAUCAUCCCUACAUUAUGCAAAUGUAUCGACGAGCUGGAUGAACCGCAUGCGCGAGGGUCUCUGAUUUGGAUCGUCGGCGAGUAUGCAGAAAAAAUCAGCAACGCCGGUGACAUUCUCGGAGGGUUUGUGGAUGGUUUCGCCGAAGAGUUUACGCAAACCCAGCUUCAGAUCCUUACCGCCGUGGUUAAGCUGUUCUUGAAGCGACCGCAAGCCGCCCAAGGUCUCGUCCAGAAGGUCCUCAACGCUGCAACUGCCGAAAGCGACAACCCCGACAUCCGCGACCGAGCUUAUGUGUACUGGCGACUUCUCUCCAACACGAGCGACCAAAACGCCCCGAAGAACAUUAUCCUUUCUGAAAAGCCACCCAUAACCACCACAAUCCAAUCAUUACCACCCGCGCUCCUCGAAAGGUUGCUCGGUGAGCUUUCCACGUUAGCUUCGGUCUAUCACAAACCGCCAGAGCAGUUUGUUGGCCAAGGUCGCUUUGGAGCUGAUGCGGUACAACGAGCUGCGAUCGAAGAACAAAUGCAAAAUGCACGCGAAAACCCAUUGGCCGCAGCGGCAGCGGCAGCGGCCGUCCAAGGCAAGGCUCCCGAAGCACAAAACAACAUCGAAAACCUACUCGACAUCGAUUUCGAUGGUGCCGCGCCUGCAUCAGCGUCGGAGAAGCCUUCUGACGGCCUGUCUGGCUUGGAAGGACUUGCGGGGACACCACAAAGAGUGGCUUCACCAACGGUCGGCCAGCCUGCUGCAGCAAACAACAUGGAUGAUUUACUUGGAGUGUUUGGCAAUGGAGGCUCAUCUGCUGUUCCAUCGGCCACGUCUGCGUUUGGGGGAAUGUCCGACAGUGACAUCCUGAACGGUUUCGCUUCGAUGGAUCUUUCCCAGUCGCAACCCCCACCCGCUAAACAACAACUUGACAGUGCUAGCGGAAAGAAGACAAACGAAGACUUGCUGUCCCUGUUCUAACCUGAAGUGGCCAAUCACUCCAAUCUCAAUAGGUGAUCGGCGUAGGAGGAUGCACAUUCCUAGAGACAGGUUCAGAAAUGAAGCCUCUGUCAUCCCUGCCAAGGCUUGGAGAAGUGUGCCUGCACCUAAGGAAUCGGUGCCGAAGCCGUGCAUACCGUCGGAGCCCAGGCUAUCGAAAGUCCACUUCCACAUCAUCUCCCGGAGGGGUCACCAGAGGUGGCACAAGGCUCAAGCUUUUGGACAUAUUUUUCAGUCAUGCUGUGAGCGUUUGUGCCAUCUGGGGAGUUCUGGGUCGUUGAUACUUAUGCUCAGGUUCUCGUGGCUACCAGCACGGCCCAUACUCCCAGCAUCCCGCGACCAGCUGUAACAUUGAAAUUCAGACAUAUGGCUAGAGUUCAUCCAUCAAAUGUGCCACGACACUGUCUCUGGGUCAGGUCGACCAGACGUAUGAUGAUUGAUUUCUGGGAGAAACACAAGAUUUUCAGCUCAGAGCACAAUAUACCGCCUAGCGUGCGACCAGUCGACAGCAAUUGCACCGUGGUUGAAAUAGCAUGAAUAGAAAGAGAUUUAAAAGUGCAGCGACCCUGUGCGUUGACAGCAGAACUCAGGUGUAGCUUCUUUCGCUCAGAUUA